AAUGACCUCGACCUUGAGUGUUAUAUCAUGGCGGUUAAUGGCACGGGCAGCAGGUUUGAUAUCAUAUCCAAAAUAUGGCCGAUUCCAAAGAAAGCCGAGUGUGAGGGACUUAGAAAGGCUGAAGUGUCAUGGCGGGCCAACACUCAAGAUUUGAGAGAGAUCUUCACCAAGUACGCCAGUCGAGAUGUCAAUGGUUCCAAAUAUAUGACGUAUUCUGAUUUGAUCCAUAAAUAUUUACAAGUUUUACAAUCGGAGAAUUGUAACGAGUAUACCCUACAGUUAUUUGCCAGUAGUGUUGAUACAACCAGAGAUGGACUCAUAUCAUUUGCUGAGUUCCAGGCCUUUGAGGCCCUGUUAUGUCUGCCAGAUAGUCUCUACGCUCUUGCCUUUCAAAUUUUCGAUAGGAACGGAAACGGGUAUAUCGCUUGUGAGGAUUUUGAGAAUAUAAUAAACCAUACAACAUUAAGUAGCAAGAUGCCGUUUAACUUUAACAGUGAAUUUAUACGUCUUCACUUCGGUAACGAUAAAAAAAGAAAAAUAUCUUACAUGGAGUUCACACAGUUGAUUCACGAUUUUCAUGAGGAACACGCCCUGCAAGCCUUUCGUCGUCUUGAUGUUGGCAAUACAGGUUUUAUCACUGCCCAGAAUUUUGAACAGAUUAUAUUGAAGCUAAAAAAUCAUUUAUUAACUCCCUUCGUAGAAGAAAAUUUAAUAGCAAUUGCUUUAGGAGGUGAAAAACAUCGCCAGAUUAGUUACGCCUAUUUUACAGCAUUUAUAUCUUUAUUAAAUAAUUUAGAAUUAGUGAAAAAAAUUUACCUGGCUGCUACACGUCGAGAUAUGAACAAAGCAAUCACAAAAGAGGAAAUGUUAUACCAAGCCCAGGAAUUUGCUCAAAUUACACCCUUAGAAAUAGAUAUACUCUUUCAAUUGGUUGGCCUUAGUCAUCAAUCUGGAAAAUUAACAUUUGCAGACAUCAAUGCUUUAUCUCCUAUGGAAGGUCGAGAUACUCCUUUCUCAAUACAGAUGCAAAUAGCUGAGACUAAGUUAUUAUUGGAACACGGUCAGAAUAAACGAACAGUGUUAUCAGCUAUAUUAGAGAGUGCCUACAGGUUCUCCCUCGGAGCUUUAGCUGGUGCAACUGGAGCUACAGCUGUAUAUCCAAUCGAUCUGGUGAAAACUCGUAUGCAGAAUCAACGAACUGGGUCGUUUGUCGGUGAACUGAUGUAUAAAAAUAGUUUUGAUUGCGCUAAGAAAGUUAUUCGUCAUGAAGGUAUUCUAGGUUUAUAUAGAGGUCUCGCUCCACAGUUAGUUGGUGUCGCUCCAGAAAAAGCUAUCAAAUUAACGAUGAAUGAUUUAAUGCGAGAUAAAUUAAUGAAUAAAGAUGGAAGUAUUCCUGUGUGGGCAGAGAUGGUAUCAGGUGGUACGGCCGGUGCUUGUCAAGUUGUGUUUACGAAUCCGUUAGAAAUUGUUAAAAUCCGUCUACAAGUGGCCGGAGAAAUCGCCAGUCAAGGUCGUGUUAGUGCUAUUAGUGUAAUUAAAGAUCUCGGAUUCUUCGGUUUAUAUAAGGGAUCUAAAGCCUGUUUUUUACGAGACAUACCUUUCUCCGCUAUUUACUUCCCAGCUUACGCACAUACUAAAAAAUUCUUCGCUGAUGAAAAUGGUUUUAAUUCACCGGCCACGCUCUUAUUAUCAGCCACACUAGCAGGUAUGCCUGCAGCCUUUCUACCUACCCCAGCUGAUGUGAUCAAAACCCGUUUACAAGUAGCGGCAAGAACCGGGCAGACGGAAUAUAAAGGUGUAAUUGAUUGUAUCCGUAAGAUCUGGGCGGAAGAAGGAGGAAAAGCUUUCUGGAAAGGAGCACCAGCUCGUGUCUUCCGAUCGUCACCUCAGUUUGGUGUAACUUUGUUGACAUAUGAAUUAUUACAGAGACUGUUUUACGUUGAUUUCGGUGGAAGACGACCUCAGGGUUCCGAAUCCACGUCGACACAACUCGAGGAAAUGUUGUCUCGUAAUCCCGAUCAUAUUGGAGGUUACCGAUUGGCCCAUGCCACAUUUUACGGAAUAGAAUCGAAAUUUGGACUUUGUUUACCUCGGUACAAGUCUGAGCUGUGAUGAACAGAUUAACUAGCUGGUUUUAUUCAAAUUUUUAGUGAUUUUAACGUGAAAUAUUCUCCAGUUGAUGGUUCGUGUGAUAUAAAUAAAGUUUAAAACAGUAAAACAACAGAACUUGAAUAACGUGGAUAGAUUAUAGAAACAAGAACGACUUUCUAUACAUAUCAACAUUUCAAAUAGAGCUAGAAAAAAAAAAACAACAAAAAAACAAAUCUGGUUUGAAUGUUGAGUUGGAGUUAUUCAGCUUUAAAAACAGACCAGGAGUUAAUGAAACAUUUUUAACGAUAUUUUUAACAUUUCAAAUGGAGCUACAAAAAAACCAACAAAAAACCAAACCUGGUUUGAAUGUUGAGUUGGAGUUAUUUAGAUUUAAAGACAGACCAGGAAUUAAUAAAACAUUUUUAAUAUUUUUAACAUUUCAAAUGAAGCUUAAAAAAAAAAAAAAAAAAAAAAAAAUUACCAGAUUUGAAUGUGAAGUUACAGUUAUUCGACUUUAAAAACAGACCUGAAAGAAACGCAACUCUUAAACAAUAUUUGGUCUUGUCAUGCAUUGAAAAAAAGAAAGAAAAAUACAGAAAAACAGUACCUGACAAAGCCGGAACUUAAAUGACAACAUAAGGGAAUAUAGAUGCCUUUCCUGAUAUAUGUAACAUGUAACAUGGUCGGGUUGUGGGAAGAGGUGAGGUGAGCGGAGGGGGAAGGGGGUAUCUUGAAAUAAUAUAAUCUGAACUGUUUUCACCCAAUGUAUAAACUGUCGUUAGUUUGUUUCUUGUUUUCCGUUAUUUUAGGCAACUGGAGAUAUUUGUGCUGUAUUAUUUUUAUUUGUUGUUGAAACUAAUGUAUGAAGGCGUGGAAUAUAGAGUUUAUUUAGAGUUGAGAUUUUUAUAAAUUUAUAUAUCGACAAUGUGUAAAUAUGUGAUCUUGUUUUAAUUGUUGACGUCAAUGAACUCUGUUGAUGUUAGGACAUACAAAAAAAACCCCAAAUCUGGGCCCGGUUUCUCAAAAUCUUAUCUAAAGAUAAAAUCCGAAUUUUAGUAGAUAUUUCAAUUUUGAUUGGCUAAGCACUAAAAUCAAUAUAAUAUUACCCAAUCAAAUUACUAAAAUUUGAAUUUUAUCUUAGUUAAAAUUUCGUGAAACAGACCCCUGAUUCUCAGACAAUCGCAGAAAAGUAGGACAUUAAACCCCAUUUCAUUUCAUUUCUCGAACAAUCCAUUAAAAAAUCAGGGUCACCUGUCCAACCUCGUGGGUUUUCUCCGGGUCCUCCGGUUUCCUACCACUGCUAAAAAAAACCUACGCGCAAGCGAAUAAUUGAAAUAAAAUUGAACCAUAUGUUAGUCCCGAAAUGACCUAGUUUGAGUCGAGUGUACGUUAAACCCCAUCUCUCUCUCUCUCUCUUUAAAAAAUUUGAUGAGUGAGGGAGGUUUUUGAUUUUGAGUUUUUAUUUUAUCAAAGGAUCACCACUAGACUAAAUGACUUCUAUGCAAAUCAAAUUGUUGUUUAUAGGAAUUUAUGAUUAUCCAGUAUCAUUUUUGAUUGUCAGUUACAUUUAUCAGGAUUCUGUAGGCCUACUUGAUAAAUGAGACUACAGUGGACUCUGUCAAUUCCAACAUUGUACGGGAUCGAUACUAUAUGCUGGAUUAGACAGCAUGUCGGAACACUCAAUUGGCUCAAUUAUACCGGAAGUAAUAUACCGGACGUACUAAAUGUAGAGUACUGGAAUCUGCCAAGGUUUGCCGAGUGUGUAUUUGACGUGAGAAACUCGAACAUACAUCAAACGCUCUCUUACAAGAGAUCAAGAUUGGUGAUUGCUUGUCGGUUAACACCCACUGAUUGAAGGCUGGAUUAUCCAAUGUUAAUUGUACGCAAAUCGUGUGACGGGACGACUGAUAGAAGGCAGGAUUAUCCAAUGUCAAUCCAACGUAAAACGGGACAUGAAAAUGAUGACAGAAUUCACAGAAUGUCUUAGUAUUCAGAUGUUGGAAGUGACGGAGUCCACUGUAUAUAAAUGUAUUCUUUCAAAUUUUUUUCUAGAAUUACUUGCGGUACCCAGGAUAAAAUAUUUACUAUUUUGAAGUUUUAUAAUCUCUGCCUUGUCUGUUAUUCGAAUGAAGCUCAUCUAACUCAACUUGUUAUUCAGUAAUUUAUCGAUGAUUUGAACGUGAAACGUACAAAAGUGCUGGCAUUUUGUUGUGUAAUCGCAAUGUUUUAUAUGGUUUUAGCUUCUUUCAUCUUGUGCAAUUUUUGUUAUAUGUCUGUAUUCAACUUUCGGGAGUGAAUUCACGCUAAAAUGGACUCGCAAAUUGAUAAUUUGACCUAUAACCUUUAAUGGACCCUCAAAUUGAUAAUUUAACCUUUAAUGGAUCCUCAAAUUGAUAAUUUAACUUUUAAUGAGGAAAACUCAAAGGUUUGGCACCAACCCCUUGAUAUAUGCUCGUACCCAGCAGCCCCCAGAAACAUUGAAAAACUAUUCAAUGCUAGGUUACAUUUUGUUAUUUGUGUAAAAGGGUUCUGGACCCUGUUUGAAAUAGGUAGAUAUAAACUUUCGAAUAAGUAGAUAUGAAUUAUUUGUAAGAUAUUAAGUUAUUUGUACGAAAUGUUCUAGGCCCGGUUUAGCAUAGUAGAUAUGAAAUUAUUUGUAAGAAAGGGUUCUGGCCCCGGUUUGACAUGAAAGAUAUCAAAUUAUUUAUAAGGAAAUGUUCUGGGCCAUGGUAGAUCUAAGUUAUUUAUAGAUAAAGAAAAUUUAGAUUUACCAGUUCGUAUGUCGUAUCUACGUUGUUAAACAGACCCGGGAUAUUUACCAGUUCGUAUGUCAUAUCUAGGUUGUCAAACAGGGCCGGGAUAGGUCUUAUAUUUACGUGGGUAAACGAGAGCGCAAUAUUUAUCAGUAUUGAAAUUGAUUUUUUAAAUAGAAGUGUUCGUUCAUAUUAUAGCCACUUAUUAUAAACACUACAAAAAUUGAAAAAUGUACAUUUUAAAAUUUGGUAAAGGUUAUAGUUAAAAACUAAGAAUGGAAAACGGCGUAAGUAUGGAAUAAAGUUGUUGCCCAAAGGUUUGGGGAAAUGUAUAUGUAAGCAUAAUAGUUAGAAGAAUUUAGUUUUAUAGUUUAAUAGUCUAUUCUUGAUCCAACCAUGGUUUAUCAUAGGAUGAUUCUCAACCCGACUUAACCAAUAUCACCAUAGUUACUCCCGAUUUUACGGUUCAUUUCCCCCUGGUCAGUGGUGCAUGAUGGAUGACUUGGCAAGGACUGCUGUCUAAUCAUUGGGAUGGGAUGGAAAACCUACUUCCCACAUCCACAUAAAAAAGCCCUUGACAGUUGGAAUUCGAAAUAAGAGUAGGUCGCAGCACUGCUGUCCAGGCAAAAUUUUAUUCAUAGCACACUGUAUGGUGAAUGCACGUUUUCAUUAGCCCAGUCUUUGGAAAAGUGUAAGAUUUGGGAGAAUUGUUCAUAUCGCAGUUUCAAUAAAAAAAAAAAUGGCCAAAAUUAAUGUACUGUUUUAGACCAAAGAUAAUCAUUAUAAAUUAUAGACCAUGGUUAGGCCAAGAUACGCACAGUUUAAUAAUUCUACACACUGUGUAAUAUGCAUACGCUCGGUGUAAUAUGUAUACACUGUGUAGUGUAUAUACAUGGUGUAAUACAUAUAUGCAUGAUGUAUUAUGUAUAAACACUGUGUAUUAGGUAUAAACACUGUGUAUUAUGUAUACACUGUGUAUUAUGUAUACACUGUGUAGUAUAAUAUGUAUAUGCACAGUGUAAUACACAUACACAUGAAGUAAUAUGUAUACACACACGGUGUAAUAUGUAUACACACAGUGUAUUAUGUAUACACUGUGUAGUGUAAUGUGUAUAUGCACACAGUGUAAUAUGUAUACACACACGGUGUAAUAUGUAUACACACAGUGUAUUAUGUAUACACUGUGUAGUGUAAUGUGUAUAUGCACAGUUUUUAAAUACACAUACACAUGAUUUAAUAUGUAUAUGCACGGUGUAUCAUGUAUACACACGAUGUAAUAUGUAUAUGCACACAUUGUAAUAUGUAUACACUGUGUAGUGUAAUGUGUAUAUGCACAGUUUAAUACACAUACACAUGAUUUAAUAUGUAUAUGCACGGUGUAUCAUGUAAACACACAGUGUAAUAUGUAUACACACAGUGUAUUAUGUAUACACAUGGUGUAUUAUGUAUAAGCACAGUGUUAUAUGUAAAUUUUGUAAAUAAUAAAUUAACGAUAAAUUAAACGAAAAAUAAGAAGAAUAAGAAUAAUACCCAGUUUGCUGUUUUAUUGUGAUUUAUAAACGUUUAAACCAGAGACAGUUUUAACACAAGAAUAAUAAAAAUGUUUUUACAAUCA